AUGUCUGAACAGUUAGUUGCGCAGAUCUCCGAAUAUUUGACACCCAAUGUGCCUAUUCAAUUAGUUUCUCAAGGUGCAGAAGCAGUAGUGUUCACUACAAAUGUGCAUCCGUAUUUACCAAAGGAGAGUUAUUCUGGUGUUGAAGAUGCCAAAUUUAUUAUUAAGUAUAGGCCAUCAAAGAGUUAUAGACAUCCGUCGAUUGACAAGUCGUUGACCAAACGUCGUACUUUAGGUGAAGCAAGAUUACUGGGGAAAUUACAUCAGAUUGAAGGUUUGCAUGUUCCACAUCUGAUUGCUUGUGAUGCUUAUAAUGGAUGUCUAUGGCUUGAAUUCCUUGGGGAAAAUUUACCAAAUGGUAUGGGUUUCAGUAAUUUGAAGAAUUUCCUUUGGAUGUAUGCAAAAGGAGGGAACGAUCCAUAUGAUCCAAUUGUCCUAGAAACCUUAUAUAAAGUUGGACAAGAAAUAGGUCUAUUGCAUUGGAAUGACUACUGCCAUGGUGAUUUAACAAGUUCGAAUAUUAUUCUAGUGAGAGAGAAACCAGGUAGUGAUACCUGGGUUCCUCACUUGAUAGAUUUCGGUUUAGGUUCAAUUUCAAACAUGGUUGAAGAUAAGGGUGUUGAUUUAUAUGUGCUAGAGAGAGCUAUAUUAAGUACACAUUCAUCAUAUGCCGAGAAAUACAAUGAGUGUUUAAUGAAUGGAUUUUCGUCAGUAUACGAGAAUAAUGGAAAGCUUGGCCAGAAAAAACUUAAAGAGGUGAUUAAUAGAUUUCAAGAGGUAAGAUUACGUGGUAGAAAGAGAAGUAUGAUUGGUUGA